CUGCCAGCUUAGUCUCCUUCCUCACGAGAAACCCCACUCGAACUUUCCUUACUCUCCACGUUUCAAUUUGCUUAUAAAUACUAAAUCUCAACAAACCCAUCAUUUCUGCGAAGAUAAAAGAAAGAAACACACAGAUCCCAAAUUAUUCCAUAUCCCACGAUUCUCUCUUGUAUAUACUAAAAACUCCUCUCAGAUUCCCUUACUUUACAGUACUUUUUUUUUUUUUUUUCUCUCUCUCUCUCUCUUUCAAAAUUUUUGGCGCGAAAUCAAUGGUGAUUGAGAGCUUGGGAGGAGGAGGAGGAGAAGGAGAAGCGCGCCACGUGAUGAUCGAGCCGCCGCCGCCGUCGUCGAUGAUGUUUUCAUCCGGCCCCGCCGUCUGUAACUCUCACGCUCCGGCGCCUCCUUCUCCUAGGACUCCUCCGUUGACCGGAGACGAUGAUUCCGACGGAGACGGAUUGGAACUGCUGAUUCCGCCGCUGAAUUUCUCGAUGGUCGAUUAUGGCAUCUUCCGGUCCGGUUUCCCCGAUGACGCUAAUUUCGGCUUCUUGAAAUCCCUAGGCCUCCGUUCCGUUAUAUCUUUGUGUACGGAGCCGUAUCCUGAAGUGAGCAAGAAAUUCUUGAAAGAUAAUAAGAUUGAGCUGUUCACGUUCGAAAUCGAUGGUUGCAAGGAGCCUUUUGUAAACAUUCCUGAGGAAAAAAUCCGCAAUGCACUCAGAGUUGUUCUUGAUGUGACUAAACACCCAGUCCUGAUUCAUUGCAAGAGAGGGAAGCAUCGCACUGGUUGUUUGGUGGGAUGUUUAAGAAGAUUGCAACGAUGGUGCCUGUCAUCAGUUUUCGACGAGUACCAGAGGUUUGCUGCUGCUAAGGCCAGAGUGUCCGACCAAAGGUUCAUAGAGUUGUUUGAUCUUUCCAGCUUGAGGCAGUCCCCUAUAUCAUUUUCAUGUUCAAGGAGACACUAACAUAGCAGCACAAAAGAGACAUGGUCCAAUGCCCAAUCGUUUCAUAAGGGGCCCCCAUGUUGUGUGUUCUUCAAAUAAUUAGCUUUCUUUUUGAACUCUCUCAACUAUCUUUUUUUUUUUUUUUUUUUUGAGAAAAACUCUCUCAACUAUCUUAUAUCUUGUGAAUUACCUCCGUUUCCUAAUUUAUUAAUGAAAUAAGAUAAUAUGUACAAAUCUCUGUCGCUGUGUGUGAACACAUCCCUUUCCCUGCAGCUUCAUCAACAUAAGCUAUAAAGAGUUGUUUUUGUUGGGCAUCUGCCCUUGUAGGCAAAUUGGACACAAGCUAUAUGAAUUUUAAUAUGAUUUUGACUA